AUGGCGCCCUCUUCUGUCUUCCACUUCCCCAUACAAACUUUGUCCAACGACCGCGUGAAGCUGGUACCGUUCGACCCCGAGCACCACAUAGACACGUUCUUUCGCCUAUCAGAGCCGCACCCAGAGCUGUAUGCACAUAUGAGUCACGGCCCAUAUCCAUCUGCCGCAAAGCUCAAAGCCGAAUUCUAUGAGCGAGGCAACAAGCACCUAAUCUCCUUCACCAACCCAGACACGUUCACUUUUGCCAUCAUUGACAAGACGCGUCCACCAUCUCCAGAGGAUGCUGAGGGUGAAUUAGCCGGGACUGUGAGUUACUGUCACACAUCUGCAGAACAUCUCGCCACUGAAAUUGGGUUUAUCAUCAUUCUUCCACCGUAUCAACGGAGCCAUGUGGCAACCAAUGCUCUCGGACUGGUCUUGAAUUAUGCUCUGAAUGAGCCCGACCAAGGAGGGCUUGGUCUUCGCCGGGUGCAUUGGAAAGCUAGCGCGGCCAAUUCAGCCAGUUCACGACUUGCAGAGCGAAUGGGCUUCGAAAGAGUCGGGUUCACGCCGUGGCACAUGCGAUUCAUCAAGGGUAAAGAGAAGGGAAAAAUUGGAAACGGCAAAGAACCACCCCCUGGAAGUGACCCAGCGGAUUUGUGGAGGGAUACAGUUGAUCUUAGCCUAGCAUGGGACCAAUGGCAGAGAGGCGCAAAAGAGAAAACUCAGAAGGCAAUGGUCAGAUAG